AUCCGAAGUUUCUCUAUUUUCCCAUUGUCAAUAGUUUGUUACUGGGCUUUUCGUUCUUUGCUUCUCAGCUGUUUGUUACUCCAUUAAAUCCGAAGUUUAUCUUCCCAUUGUCAAUAGUUUGUUACUGGGCUUACCGUUCUUGCUGGUCAGCUGUCUGUUACUCCAUUAAAUUUCCACCUCAAGUAGCACCUGUGUUUAUCCAUCUUCAGUACCUCCUGUAUAUUAUUAAAACUUACAAAAGUGAACCAGUGCAAACCUUCUGGGCUCGUCUGUUAGCUUCCAAGAUUCAAUUUUUUUGGUCCAUUUGUUGUAAUUGAUCGACGAUUCUAGCUUCAGGUGGAUUGUACUAAUUGUGUUUCUGGGGUUGUUGAUCAAUAUUCUCUUUUUGGUUGAUUUUCAUCUUAUUCUGAUUCUCUCACGUAAGAUUUUUUUUAAGGGCAUAGAUUUUUCGGUAGAUCUACCUUUUUUUCCCCAAAUGUGACGUAGUGCUCUACAUUUUUAGCAUUUUUUAGCAUGCUAUUUUUAUAUUGCAAAAAUGGAGAGAGAGGAUAAAGGCGUAUUGAUUGUUAUCAUUUAUCAACCGUUUUUUUGUGUGUGUAUAUUUUUUGUAUAGUUCACUUAUUUUUCAGAUGUCUUAAGCUUAGCUAUUGCACACAUGUUGUGGUUAGUGGUGUGAAUUUGCUCAGAUGGAAAAUCUUUAGUUUUUAGUGAAUAAAAUAUCAUGGUCGAUUCCCCAGUUCAAUUCUUGGAUUAUGAGUAAAUAUUUAAAGGACCCAUAAAUCUUCUUGAGAGGCCUUGACGCGCUUCAUUCAUAGUGGUCAGCUGGUGGAUUUUCUUGUGUUGAGUGGACAAUUUUAGACGUUUAACCCAGCAAAACUUGAGAAAAUUUGUAAAUUUUGGUUCUUUAGCGACGGAUUUAAAUACGGAGACUAAUAGUUGGCGCAAUUCUCCCGUUGGCCUGGAGUGCAUACUAAAAAUAAUCAGGGCCCUUAGAAUGGGGUCCUGCUUUUCGAGCGAAAGCAGGAGCCCUCUGCCUAGUUCACCUGUGGGUGUUAGGAAGAAAAAGUGUUCGAAAAAGAGGGCUGCCUCUCGAAAUGAGUAUAGAAAGGAGGAACAGUUGCACAGGAUUUCCAGAAGGAUGUUCUUGAAUGGUUCGAGCGAGAUUGCUUCGCUUUUCUCUCAGCAAGGCAAGAAAGGGAUCAAUCAAGACGCCAUGAUUGUUUGGGAGAACUUUGGUAUGAGAACAGACACUGUUUUCUGUGGGGUUUUUGAUGGCCAUGGCCCGUAUGGUCAUAUGGUCGCAAAACGAGUUAGAGAUUCUCUUCCUCUGAAGCUGAGGGCAAACUGGGAAGUAGAUUUCAAAAGUGACGAGAUUACGGUUUCUAGUUUAAGCACUGGGGGAAGUUUGUGCACAGAUGAUGUUUCUUUCGUGUCUGCCGAUGAGGAAACUAGGGCUUCCAUUGAUGAUGUUGACGAAAAGCAACUGGAGAUCUUUGAGACGUUGAGAAAUUCUUUUAUGAAGGCCUUUAAGGUUAUGGACAAAGAGUUGAGGAUGCACGCAAAUAUUGACUGCUUUUGCAGUGGAACAACGGCAGUGACCUUGGUGAAACGGGGUAAGGAUAUUGUAAUUGGAAAUGUUGGCGACUCAAGGGCUGUAUUGGGUACACGAGAUAAAAAUAAUUUACUUACUGCUGUCCAAUUGACUGUGGAUCUUAAGCCUAACCUUCCAGCGGAAGAAGAGAGGAUCCGCAAGUGUAAAGGACGUGUUUUUGCCCUUAAAGACGAGCCUGACGUUGCAAGAGUGUGGCUGCCGAACAACAAUUCCCCUGGCCUUGCCAUGGCUCGUGCAUUUGGUGACUUCUGUCUUAAGGACUUUGGCCUUAUCUCUGUGCCUGAAAUUUCAUACAGACGCAUCACAGAUGAAGAUGAGUUCAUAGUAUUGGCAACCGAUGGGAUUUGGGAUGUGUUGUCAAACGAGGAAGUGGUGAAAACCUUGGGAUCUUGCCCCACUCGCUCAUAUGCCGCUCGAACGUUGGUAGAGUCAGCUGUCCGGGCUUGGAGGUUCAAAUAUCCAACUUCAAAAGUCGAUGAUUGUGCAGUUGUUUGCCUAUUUCUCGACUCGAACGAGUCUGACUGCUUCACAACCAAUUUCAAAGUGAAUGUACCUUCACCGGCACAAAAUGAUGCUGCCAAGGAUGACGAUCUCCAGGGCCCGAAUGGAUUGAAACGCUCGGGAACUGUUAGAGCAGCCAAUGAGGAAGAAUUUUAAGAAUGUGAACCAUAAAAUACUGGACUUGGCCAAGAUAUGGGUCGGAGUCUCUCGAGUCAAUAUACUGUUGACAAUGCCAAGAUUCAAGUGAAUGCAUAAAAGGUGUAUAAAUAAAGGGUAUGAAAUGAAACAUGGAUAAAUAUCUUGCUAUUGGUUUAUGUUUUCACUUUUUUUUUUUUUCUUUUU